AAAUCGACUGAGUUGGCUCUUUCAAUGAUUUUUUAUGUGAAUCAGUGACUGUUAUUUUUUAGUUUCGAGCAUGUUAAUGAUCGCGAGGAAAGCUUUGGCCUCGGCGCAUAGUAAGGCUAUUCGUUUGACAACAAGGGACGUACAUUGCUUUAGUUCCAUCUUAGUGUCUCCUCCUCUCGUGUCCCUUGACUUGCCUGAAAAUUGGAUUCCUUACUCUGAUCCUCCACCUCCUGUUUCCUUUGAGACUGAACAGAAGACUGUGGUGAUAGAUGGGAAUGUUAUCGCUGAGGAAAUUAGAACAAAGAUUAUUAGUGAAGUGGGGAAGAUGAAAAAGGCUGUUGGUAAAGUCCCUGGUCUUGCGGUUGUUUUGGUUGGCCAGCAAAGAGACUCGCAAACUUAUGUUCGAAACAAAAUUAAAGCUUGUGAAGAAACUGGCAUUAAAUCUGUUUUGACUGAAUUACCAGAGGAUUGUACUGAAGGACAGAUUAUUAGUAUAUUGAAAAAAUUCAAUGAAGACACUUCCAUUCACGGGAUUCUUGUGCAGCUUCCUUUACCCCAACAUCUUGAUGAAUCAAAAAUCUUGAAUAUGGUGAGAUUGGAGAAAGAUGUUGAUGGGUUUCAUCCAUUAAACGUGGGAAAUCUUGCAAUGAGAGGGAGGGAACCUCUGUUUGUAUCUUGCACUCCUAAGGGCUGUGUGGAGUUGUUGAUAAGAGCAGGCGUUAAAAUAGCAGGAAAAAAUGCCGUGGUGAUAGGAAGAAGCAACAUCGUUGGACUACCAAUGUCUUUAUUAUUGCAGAGGCAUGACGCGACAGUAAGCACGGUGCAUGCGUUUACAAAGGAUCCAGAGCACAUUACUAGGAAGGCGGAUAUCGUUAUAGCAGCAGCAGGUAUACCUAGUUUAGUUCGUGGAAGUUGGCUUAAGCCUGGAGCAGUUGUCAUUGAUGUUGGAACAUCUCCAGUCGAGGAUAGUAGCUGUGAGUUUGGUUACCGUCUUGUGGGGGAUGUAUGUUACGAGGAAGCGUUAGGUGUUGCCUCGGCUAUCACUCCCGUACCUGGAGGAGUCGGACCCAUGACGAUCACCAUGCUACUAUGCAAUACUUUAGAUGCUGCUAAGCGGAUAUACCUCUGAUUAUGGUAUCUCUGUCUAUUACGAAAUAUUUUGUAAAAUUAGAUAGGAGACUCUAUGUUAUUAGAGUAAUCUCUUUCAAUUUGAAUUAUUAAGUUGCUUUCUUAUAUAAUAGACCUGGCGAUUGUGA